UUCUGUGACGUCAAUAGACACAGAAGAAUUCAGAAUACAUCAACCAGGUUGGGUUAUUUAAAAAUCUGUGAGAAGCAACAGCGACAGGAGAAGGUGAAGCUCAGAUAGGAUGACAAAACUAAAGCAGAUACAAAGUUGCUCUUUCACAUUUUAACAAGCAAAGAGAUUCUUCAAAGAACUGUAUGGAUUAUUUCAUUUGAAGAGCUGCUCAAGAGGCAGGAGAUAUCAUAAGAUCUGAGCUCAUUUAUUCAAUUUUGAGAGAAAUGAGUAAGCCAGUAUCACUGGCCACUUGUUUGGCCAAAAUGUACGAAGGUGGUAGCCUUGACUCUCAGAAUAAAAGUGGGUCUGUUAGCCAAGUGAGAAAGCCGACUGGUGCGAGUCAAAACAGCAGUGUCAAUAAGUUAAGCACAAUGGAAAACAAACUGAAUCUUCUUAACGAGAAAGUCGAUCGAAUAGUAAACUUUCAAGGACAAGUUCUUAAGAAAUUGGAAGACAUGUCUCAAGGAAUGGGUGAUUUAGAAAAGAACAUUGAAAUACUGAAAACAUUAAAAGACUGCGAUGGAAUGGUAGACAAUAAAAGUGACAUUAAAUACUUGCAAAAUAUUGAUUGCCUCAGUCACCCUCAGAUGAAGCUGUUAUUCAUGGAACUGUUCAAAAUGGUGACAACUGUACAUCAAGAUACAACAAUACAAAAAGAAAAAUUAGAUGGCAUUGAAAAAUUGGUGUCAGCUGUGGAUAAAGCCAUUCACUUUAUGAGUGAAGUCUUCAAAAAUUCCAACAUUGUGCAGUUUAUUCUAAAAGGAACAGUGCCUUGGAAAAAGGGAAGUCUAAUAGAAUCUUCAGAGGGAAACAAUAAAGCUGACGAGAAAGGUGCCAAACCAAAGCAUGAAUAUAGCAACAGAGGGGUCCAAGGACAAGUAAACAGAGAAUUGUUUGAAGAGGCCAAUGAAGAUAUCGAAACCGGUGGAAAUGUCCAGAAAGAUAAAGAUGAGCAUGCAAAGGCAAACAGCAUCAUUCUAGUUGCAUCACAGGCAACAAUUAAUUCUGAAGGAGGUAAAUCACUGCACCAACCCCCAGUGUCAGCUGGAAAACAUAAAGACCCCGAGGGGGCUUCAGCAACAACAAAUACCUCUGGAGGUGUCUGCAAAAAAGAGAUUUCUACCGUAACAAAAAAGGUGAAAGAAGUUCCACAGGAAAACAAGAAAUACACACAGAAUCAGACCUCAACAACAGACAACAUGAAAGAAAUAAAUAAAAUCAGCACAAACAAUGACUCAUAUAAAACACAUGGAGUUGAAAGAAGCCAAGGAAAAGAGACUGACAAUGUCACAAUUGAACCCCCUGAGGCCAGUCUGGUGAUAAAUCAGUCAAAAGUUGUUGGAAACUCCUCAGCACUGGUACAGAGGGCUUUUGAAACAACACAGGUAAUGCCAGUCAUUCCUUCAGAAAAGGUCAAUUCAGAGGAAACAGCCACCAAGGAGCUUGUGCCUGCAUCAUGUGAAGGACAGAAGGAACCACAUAAAAAGCACAAAGUACAACAAAAGCCCAAAGAAGACAUGCAAGCUACAAUACUACAGAAAACCACAAAGGAUAAAGAAUCAGCACAAGAUGAAAAUGUCUGCAAAUUAUCCAAGCCAUCUGUAACCCAGGAGAAAGGUUUAAAAAACAUCAAAAUUCAAACAAGCCAGAGAAGUGAGAAAAGUGCUGAGAGUUGCCAAAAUAAAGCAGAAAACAAGUGCAAAUCAGAUACAGGUAGUAAAUUAAAGGAUUCAAAAGAACUUCAGAAAGCAAGCAACGAAUCUGAGAACAUCACAGAAAUGAAUGUUUUGGCAAAGAAGGAAACAGAUUCUACAGAAAUCACAAACAAAGAACCAGACCAGAAGGGAUCUGUUGAGAAGCCAGAAGAUCACAUCAUUAUUGAUGAUAGUCCGUCACCUCCAGCCCCCUUCAGUCAUCGUAUAGUAACUACUAAGAAAAUACUUGUAACCUCUUCAUAUACAGUUCAUUACAACGAGGUGCUUGGAGGGGGUCGGUUUGGCCAAGUUCUCAAAUGUGCAGAAACAUCAACUGGCCUCGAACUCGCUGCCAAAAUAAUUAAAGUAAAAGGACCAAAGGACAGGGAGGAAGUGAAAAAUGAAAUCACUGUCAUGAAUCAGUUGAGUCAUGUCAACCUGAUCCAACUUUAUGAUGCAUUUGAAGCCAAGAACAAUGUUACCCUCAUUAUGGAAUAUGUUGGAGGCGGAGAGUUGUUUGACCGAAUUAUUGAUGAAAACUAUAAUCUGACAGAACUGGAUACAAUCAUCUUUGUGAAGCAAAUCUGUGAAGGUGUUCAAUAUUUACAUCAACAAUAUGUCCUUCACUUGGAUCUUAAGCCAGAAAACAUUUUGUGUGUAAACAACACAGGAAAUCAAAUCAAAAUUAUUGAUUUUGGUCUGGCUAGAAGGUAUAAACCAAGAGAGAAACUGAAAGUUCAUUUUGGUACCCCCGAAUUCCUUGCUCCAGAAGUGGUGAAUUAUGAUUAUGUUUCAUUCCCCACAGACAUGUGGAGUGUGGGCGUCAUCGCCUACAUGUUGGUGAGUGGCUUGUCCCCUUUCCUGGGUGAUCAUGACACUGAAACCAUGAACAAUAUUAUUAAUGCAAACUGGGAAUUUGAUGCAGAAGGAUUUGAAAGUGUGUCUGAAGAAGCAAAAGAUUUUGUUUCAAACCUCCUUGUUAAAGAAAAGAGUAACAGAUUCAGUGCAGGACAAUGUCUGAAACACAGCUGGCUUAACAAUUUACUCGAAAAAGCAAAGAAGUGCAGGGUUCGACUCAAAUCGCAAGUGAUGCUGCGGAAGUACAUCACACAACGCUUAUGGAAGAAAAAUUAUUACGCAGUUGCUGCUGUAAACAGGCUCAGGAAACUCAACCAGCAGAAAAAUGCUUAGCUUGGGACUGACAUUCAAACACAGCAGAAAUGGAGCCAACUGGUAGUUGGAAAAUUACCAUUAGAGGAGUGGAAAAUCAAUGAAUUUACUCCAUUUUGCUGUUGCCUGCAUCAAGAUGCUGCACUUUAAACAUUUGAUAUUUUUCUUAACAUUACAGUCAGUGAUGAUAGUAGUAAUAAUGUAACCUAUAAACUAAAGAAAUGUGCCAGAAAUCUACCCGCUUGAGACUUAGCAGCAGUAUCUUGAUCAUUCUAGUGAAAUGUAAUCUGCAUUUUCUGCACAAAAUAUAUUAUAGAAAUACACAGAAGAACUGCUGACAAAUAUACACAAUUAAUAUCUUGAAGUGAGAAUCUGAUAAGAUUGUGUUCCAAAAAGUACAUUUUAUCCUACAAUGUAGCAAAUUGCAAAUGUGUUAUAAAUACAUGUCUAGCAAAUAGCAACAGAUCUUUAGUGGAAAGUGAAAUGAAAUCUCUUAAGGGAUGAAUCACACAAACUAAUCUAUAUUGUUUUUGAAUUAGAAAGAACCUUAGACCUUAUUAUUUAAAUAUUUAUGUUACUAUUACUACAGUGAAUAUUAAGCUGUAGCUGUUGCUUCUCAAGAUUCCUUUAUAUUGUAUAAAGGUGAGUGUAAGGACUAUUAUGUGUUUUUAAAAUGUUCUUUUCCUGGAGUUAAAUUUUAGUUAGCUGUUAGUUUUACAACAUCAACAAUAUUUUAGAAAAUGUACUUCUGGCUGUCGUCCGAGGUAACUUCAUAUGAAAUUGCUGGUAACUUUAUGUUUGCAAUCACUACAAUAAUUUGACAACAAUAUCAUAAGAUCACUUGUCCACUUAUACCAUUAUUGAGUUUUCAAUAGUGCCGUCGUCCACAAUUGCAACAAGUACAGACCAAAGCAAGUUUUACCAACCCAGCAGCCAAAUGACACUGUUCUCCAGCCCAUCUUUUGAGCACAGCAUCAGCACUUGCUCAACCAACCUAAAUGCAAUGUUGUCAUAUUCUAGUAAUUGGUCUUUAGAUUAGAUUUUUAGAUUACAUUAGUGUGGAAACAGGCCC